AUGUUACAUGAGAAACUUGAAAAAUAUAACAGUGCCUUUGAAAAAAUCAUGGAAGAGCUUGAAGAGCCUGAAAAGCCAGAAGAUCCAAAAAGUUCUGCCCCGUCAACAACAGACGGAACCCCCAAAAAAACAAAUUCAGAUGGCAAUGGGAGCAAAUUCAGAUGGCAAUGGGAGCAAAUUCAGUUGGCAAUGGAUGCAAAUUCAAUUUCUAUGGAAGCCAAUCAGAUGUCAAUGGGUUCUAAUUAG